UUGUGUAUUUCCAUUUAGUAGUAUAUAAAGCUAUUGCGCAGCGCAUUUUGUUGCGCAGUUGUCGGCUUUGAACAGUCCCGAAAAAACGUUUGCAUUUGUGAUUUCGUGUACUGGUCGAGACAGGUCGGCAGCGGACAGGCCACGAGACACUUAACACGAGCAGAAAGUUCCACAGGCAAAGGCAACAAACACAGGCAGUACAAGCAGCUGACAAAGACAAAAGACUUAAGCGACAAACUUAAUUAAAAAAUCAUAAAUCAAAUCAAGCUUUGAAAGAAAGAAAGAAAAACACUGUUCGCUUGCCGCUAUUAUCAGUUAUCUCACUUAACGGAAAAUGAUGCGUACGUACGUGUUUUUAGCUUUGCUCUGCAUUGGCGCAUGCGUAAUUAACGCCAACCCUGUGCCAGAUUCCACACCCACCGCAACAACGCCAGCAGCAGCAGCAGCAGCAACACACGGCGAUGAUGAUGUGCAGAUUGUGAACUACUCUAAUGAUAAUGUUGGCGCUAAUGGCUACAAUUUUGCCUUCGAGACCAGUGAUGGCGUGUCGCGCAAGGAAACAGCAACAGUUAAGCAUGCCGGCGCUAUAUCGGUCGAGGGCACCGUCAGCUGGACCGGUCCGGAUGGCGUGCAGUAUACACUGAAUUAUGUGGCGGAUGAGCAUGGCUUCCAACCGCAAGGCACACAUUUGCCCGUGGGUCCAGAGCCAGCGAUUUAGGUUUUAUUAUAUAAAUUUUAGGCAUUGUUCUUGUUGUGAUGUAAAACUAUGUAA